UCUCUAUUAUUGUCAUGAAACCUUUUGUUGUAUAAAUAGGUAGCUAGUGGAGCAGAACACACCAAUUACAAAUAUCAUUCUCCAAUCAUAUUCACAAGAAAGAAAGAAAAAAACAUUCUCAAUGGGAAGCACAAGAAGUGAAUACUGUAUCUUCAUGAACUACGAUCGAGUAUACGAUCGACUUCAAAAUAAUCGAACUGAGAUUGGAGCAAUUGAGCUUGAUUUGUACCUUAGUAGAAAGCAUGAUGAGGUUUUAGCAAGAGCUUUGGAGGCAGGAAGCUACAUAAAGAUAACAUCUUUGGCUAUUGUUGAUGCUUUCAUAGUGGAAAUCACCGAGGAACAAGCUAAUGUGCUUAGAUCAGCAAAUGGAGUGAGAGUUGUGGUGAAAAAUGAAGUGGUAUAAGCUUAGCAUGUUCAAGAAAGAGAUCCAAAAGUUGUUUUGGAGGAAGAGCUUUAUGAUUUUCAAAUAAUUGCUUAUUUAUGAAUUAGUUGUAUGAGUUCAAUUUGUAUGAAAGGAUAUGAAAGACUUGGUUGAUAUUUUA